AUGGAAUCCGGGCAGGUGCAUGAUGAGCGUCUGGCCUCAUUACAAGAUCGAGUUCAGCAGCUCGAGGAGGGCCUUCAACGAACGCAUGACGAAGUUGAGGCUUGCUCUGUGCUGGUGCUGUCCUUCGACCGCGGUGGAGUCUCCACUCCGAGAGGUCGAAGCGACGGGCCAACUGAGGAGACGGGUCGUCUCAAGGCUCGCCUAGAAGUCUUGGAGGAGGCUUGGGCCUUGCGGAGUACGACAUUGGCGCAGCAUUCUCAGGACUCUCUGGCGAGAGUGGAAGACGAGGUGCAGCAGCUGUGGAGGGAGUUGUCCAAAGGCGAGCCUCAAAAGCAGCAGCGGGAAAGCAAGGCAGAAGCUGACUGCUUGAGCGAGCGAGUUGAGAAGCUGCAGCUGGAGGUGGCAGAUUUGCAGAUCCUGAAAGUCGAGGAUGUUGAUAGCCUCGUCCGGAAAUUCACCGAAGAGGUUGACAAGUCCGUGCAGCUUCAGGCAAGCCGGUGUUCUCGACUGGAGGAGGAUCUUGCUGUGGUCAAAGCAGCUGAAAGCACAACAGAGGCAGAUCGGCAAAGAUGUGUCCAGCUCGAAAAAAUGGUCGAUGCGUUGGUACAGCAGCGUCGCCAAGAUUUGCAGCAAUCGCAGGAAAACUUACGUGAAAUUGAUGCUAGGUUUCAUGACCUGGAUCAGAAGGAGAAGCAGGAGAAAAGCUGGCGAAAGGAAGCAGAGGCAAUUCGACAAGAAGUUCAGGAUUUACGGUCGACACACAUUCCGUCGCUUUUUCAACAGCACAUGAAGGCUAUGAAAGCAAUGCAAGAAGGGCUGACUGCCGUCCGUAGUGAGGUGAAGAAGCUUGGUGAAAUCCUGGAAGCCGUCCAGGCAACCCAGAAUGGCCCUGGCAGAGAGGAGCAGUCUGAGAAGGCAAGGGAAGUGCUGGCUUUGAAGGUCCAAGUGAGCGACUUGCAGGAGCAGGUGACGGAGGUGGUGGUCCGAGGGCUGGAAGAGCGGUUUGUCACCUUGAGGGCAGAUGUGUCCAGGGAGGUCGCUUCAGUUCUUAGAGAGAACAAGGAGGAUCGAUCAGCUGCCUGGCGAAGACUUUCUGCUCUGGAGGCUUGGCCAGCAUCGCAAGCAGAGCUCAGCGCAGAAUUUCAUCGAGUUCGGCAAGAACACGCCGAGGAUCGAAUCCUCAUGGAGGUUCUGCGCCGUGAUGUGGAAGGAUUGGGAAGACAGGUGGUACAGCUUCGGAGAGACUUUUCCAUUGCUCAAGACCCUACAGCAGAGGCUACAGUGGUGGAAACGGGUGCUGCAUCUCGUGCGGGGUUGCUGGAAGGCCUCUUUGGCACGUCAGAGCCACCUGCCGUGCUCAUCACGGAGGAGGUGACUUCAGCUCCCAAGGCUGUGCGAAGCGCCGUGAAGCUGACUACGUCGAUGGCAAGUUCGCGCUCACCUCGAAGCAGUCGGAAGACCAGAAGCCCAGAACAAAGGCGCAGCCUUGAUGGGCAGGUGAGGCCUCGUUCUAACACUCCCGGGGAGAGGAACGACAGAGGUUCGACGAGGUCCACGGUGUCGGGUUUUCCAGCCGUGGUUGGCAACAAGUUGGAGUGGGCGCUGACUGCCAAGUCCCUUCAGGCCGCGAGAGAAGCUCCAGGGGUUGCCGGAGCUCUUCUGGUCACUGGUGAGAUGGAGGUCGCUGGAGUUUACUGCCGCUUGAAGUUCUUUCCCGAUGGGAGCCCCUUGCGCCAAGCGCCCGGAUUCUGCAGUCUUUAUCUAGUGUGUACCAUGCCGAAUGUCAAUGUCCGGUUCAGGCUCUUUGCAGGAGCGAAGUCUUCUCCGGUCUUGGAGGCAAACACUGCGCGAGGUGGCCGCGAUCAGGGAAGGCAUGACUUGUGUCAGCUGAAGGACGUUUUGGGCGAAGACGGUGGCAUUGUUGUCGGCGCCGAGAUACUAGAGGAUGACAUGCCUCCACUGGAGUACGUGGGUGCAAGCAGCCCUCUUGAGGUACCUCUGCGCGAGGGUGACAGAGUUGCGCUGAAAGGGUUAUCCAAGAAGGAGCUGAACGGCCAGAAAGGCACUUUGCAAAGUUUUGACCAAGCGAAGCAAGGCAGGCUGGCUGUGAAGCUGGACUCGGGGCAGUGCGUGUCUAUCAAGCCUGAGAAUUUGUCCAAGAUGGAAUCCUCAAGCAAUGGUAGUCAUGCUGAUGUGCGGCAAGAAGCUGCUGAUUCCGACAUGCCGCCUUUGGAGUAUGUAGGUGGCACUGCUGUCAAUGGCGUCUCGAGCAAGUGCCAUUCGCCGGACAACAAUACCACGCAAAGCGGUCGUCAAGAGGCUGAUGACGAGGACGACAUGCCUCCGUUAGAGUACGUGGGCAACACGCCAGCUGCAUCCAGCAGGUCUCCCGCAUUGAAGUCUGACGAGGAGGAUGACAUGCCUCCACUGGAGUAUGUUGGUGCAAGUGCCCCUGUUGAGGUACCUCUGCGCGAGGGUGACAGAGUUACGCUGCAAGGGUUGUCCAAGAAAGAGCUGAACGGCCAGAAAGGCACUUUGCAAAGUUUUGAGCAGUCAAAACAAGGCAGGCUGGCUGUGAAGCUGGACUCGGGGCAGUGCGUGUCUAUCAAGCCUGAGAAUUUGUCCAAGAUGGAAUCCUCAAGCAAUGGCAGUUUUGUUGAUGUGCGGCAAGAAGCUGCUGAUUCCGACAUGCCGCCUUUGGAGUAUGUAGGUGGCACUGCUGUCAAUGGCGUCUCGAGCAAGUGCCAUUCGCCGGACAACAAUACGAUGCAGAACGGUCUUCAAGAGGCUGAUGACGAGGACGACAUGCCUCCAUUAGAGUACGUGGGCAACACACCGGCUGCAUCCAGCAGGUCUCCCGCAUUGAAGCCUGACGAGGAGGAUGACAUGCCUCCACUGGAGUAUGUGGGUGCAAGUGCUCCUCUUAAGGUACCUCUGCGCGAGGGUGACAGAGUUACGCUGCAAGGGUUGUCCAAGAAAGAGCUGAACGGCCAGAAAGGCACUUUGCAAAGUUUUGAGCAGUCAAGACAAGGCAGGCUGGCUGUGAAGCUGGACUCGGGGCAGUGCGUGUCUAUCAAGCCUGAGAAUUUGUCCAAGAUGGAAUCCUCAAGCAAUGGCAGUUUUGUUGAUGUGCGGCAAGAAGCUGCUGAUUCCGACAUGCCGCCUUUGGAGUAUGUAGGUGGCACUGCUGUCAAUGGCGUCUCGAGCAAGUGCCAUUCGCCGGACAACAAUACCACGCAAAGCGGUCGUCAAGAGGCUGAUGACGAGGACGACAUGCCGCCGUUAGAGUACGUGGGCAACACGCCAGCUGCAUCCAGCAGGUCUCCCGCAUUGAAGUCUGACGAGGAGGAUGACAUGCCUCCACUGGAGUAUGUGGGUGCAAGUGCCCCUGUUGAGGUACCUCUGCGCGAGGGUGAAAGAGUUACGCUGCAAGGGUUGUCCAAGAAAGAGCUGAACGGCCAGAAAGGCACUUUGCAAAGUUUUGAGCAGUCAAGACAAGGCAGGCUGGCUGUGAAGCUAGAUUCAGGGGAGCGUGUGUCAAUCAAGCCGGAGAAUCUGUGCAAGUUGGACCCCGAAAGCAAUGGCAGUUUUGUUGAUGUGCGGCAAGAGGUUGCUGAUUCCGACAUGCCGCCUUUGGAGUAUGUAGGUGGCACUGCUGUCAAUGGCGUCUCGAGCAAGUGCCAUUCGCCGGACAACAAUACCACGCAAAGCGGUCGUCAAGAGGCUGAUGACGAGGACGACAUGCCUCCGUUAGAGUACGUGGGCAACACGCCCGCUGCAUCCAGCAGGUCUCCCGCAUUGAAGCCUGACGAGGAGGAUGACAUGCCUCCACUGGAGUAUGUGGGUGCAAGUGCCCCUGUUGAGGUACCUCUGCGCGAGGGUGACAGAGUUACGCUGCAAGGGUUGUCCAAGAAAGAGCUGAACGGCCAGAAAGGCACUUUGCAAAGUUUUGAGCAGUCAAGACAAGGCAGGCUGGCUGUGAAGCUAGAUUCAGGGGAGCGUGUUUCAAUCAAGCCCGAGAAUCUGCGCAAGUUGGACCCCGAAAGCAAUGGCAGUUCUGUUGAUGUGCGGCAAGAGGCUGCUGAUUCCGACAUGCCGCCUUUGGAGUAUGUAGGUUCUGCACCUCCGGCCAGAGGCUCAGCAAUCCCCGUUGGUCAGCGAGAGCAAGAGCAAGAAGAUGUUGAUGAUAUGCCGCCCUUGGAGUAUGUUGGGCAGGAUUUGUCGGCGGGAUUGUCGCUCCUAGAAGGCGAUAGGGUCCGACUCAAAGGGCUUUCCAAGGCUGGCUUGGAUGGACAAACAGGACAGCUCCAGAGCUUCGACCGAGCAACCAAAGGACGACUUCCUGUGAAGUUAGAUUCUGGUCAACUGCUGGCAGUGAAACCUGACAAUUUGGAGAAGCUGGCCUCAGAGAAUCGCGAGGGCCGAGUUGAAACUUGCAACAGUGCUUCGAGGAAGGAUGCCGGCGAGUCAAUGCUUUCAAAGGGCCGGAAGACUGUCGCGAGCAUCGGGAAGUCCGCAGACGGCAGCACGUCUCCCGACAUGGUGGUGCAAGACGAGGAGCUGCCUCCGCUGGAGCCCGCGGAGGGCUCCUCAACUUGCUGCUUGGAAGCGUUCAGACACCUGCUGAAACUUGUGAAGAGUGCCGAGGCUAGAAGGAGACGUGAGACGCGACUGCACCAAGGUUCCAUGCAGACCACGGGCGUGGAGAGUCCGAAUGGAAAGCAGCUCGGCAGCUCCAGGCAGGUCCGGAGUGCUGGUGCCAUGCCUCCAUUGCAGACCCUUGGCCAGGUUGAUGUGCAGCAACGUCGGCAUGAAGUCCAAGAACCACCUGGGAGUUUACCAGAAGAGAAUAACGGGCACCGGCGUGAGUUGGAUCAGAAGGAGGAGCUGCAGGUGCUUCGACGAGAAGUCCAGGACUUGCGCUCGAGCCACAUUCCGUCACUUUUUCAACAGUGCAUGAAGGCAAUGCAGGACGAGUUGACUGCCGUGCGUGGAGAGAUGAAGAGGCUUGGCGAAACCCUGGAAGCAGUCCAAGCAACACGUGCUGUUGUCAGAGAGAACUCUGAGAAGACAGAGGUGCUGGCAUUGAAAGCACAAGUCAGCGAGUUGCAGGAGCAGGUGAGGAUCAUGAAGGAGACCUUGGACACGAAAGGCAUCAAGAAUCUGCCAUAG